AUGGGUCCAAGCUUCGGCGCCUAUAUGAAAUCAUACUGGGAUCUAGCAAAAUGUCACAAAAAGAACCCCCCCGAGGAGCCCAAAGCGUUUAAGCUUUGUGAUCUGGACACCAAGGGGCUUCCAACUAAGUUCCUAAUUCCUAGUGCGAGGGGGCCAGAACUCACACAAGGAACCUUCAAGAGCACAGAGAGUAUAAGGGUAAGGACAAUCAUGGUAUGUCAAGCCCUGGAAGGAUGGGUAUCCAAUUUACAACCGUCUUCCUCUUCCAACGGAACCUGGAAGGAGGCGCAAUGUAAAAUGGAACACAUGGGAUUCCCAAGAGGGGGGAGACAAACAAAGACUUGUCCGAUAAACAAUGAUAAAGAGAAUUGGCGGAGUUUUUAUAGCGCCACGCCACUCCAUCUGCAACAGGAGACAAGUCGGACCUUUCAGACCUGUUUGGAUAUUAUGGGUAUAAUCCUUAAUAUCUAUAAUGAAUAUAGCGGUGAACGGCUACAAGGAGCCGAAGAAGAGGGAAGUAACAUUUGUCAGCAAAUAAAUGACAAACUGACGGAAUGGGGCGGCGAAGAAGUAGGAAAGAAAAUAAUGAAAGAAUGGUUUCUGAGAGACCCUAAGAAGGAAACCAGCAGUUCAUUGACUCUGGAAACUGGGACCCCGUUAAGUGAAAAGAUAAGUCGCCUAGUGAAGGAGCUGGGUUUUCCGAUAGCCGGAGUUCAAUGUAGUUCAUGCCCCGGGCUACUGAAUAGUUAUAAGGAUAGCUGCGUCUAUAUAGACUCGAAAUCUUGUCAAAUGAUGGGAGGAGAUGAGGAAACUCUACAGGGCCAGGAGGCUAACUCGGCAUCCCCCCCAUCCAACAGAGGCCCCAUAACCACGGAGCUUAUAGCCCAAGUCAAAGCCAAGGAGGGGGACACCCAAUACAGGGACAGAAUUACGAAAGAAACUGUAGACUUUAAGGAGGAACUUAGGAUCCGAGCGGAGGAAGUAACAAGAAAAAACCAAGCCCCGGGGCGUUCCCCUGAAAUAUAUGGGGGAGCAAUAGGAGAAAAACCUAAAUAUCUAGAGAUAGAUGAUAGAAAACCCCUGAGUCAACAUCUGAGUAUGAUAGCAGAUGACAUGAACAUUCCGGUACUAGGAGUACAGUGUUCUGAGGAGUCAAAUAAGCCUGGGACGUACAGGGAUAGUUGCGUAUAUACAAGUCCCGGACACUGUGAAGGCAUGGAUCAAGGUUCCGAUAAAGGGGAGGAUUCUAUAGAAGAAGUUCUGAUAAACAAGGUGAAGGAAACUAAGGUCAAGCACCAUCAGGAAGAAAGGAUUCGCGAAGGAACGAAAGGCUUUACCGAAGCUACAGAGAAGGGAGCCCAAGAUAUGAGGAAAAAGUUAGAGGGGGACUCAAAUCCUAUUAAUAUAUAUAUACCGAACUUUGGCACGAUUUUUCCACUUCUGGGGCUUAACAGAAUUUUCUAUUCCGGAAGAAGGAAAAGGAGAAGAGUUAAGGGUAAUGGCAACUCAAGAGUCAAUACCCGAACCCAAUACCUUAUCGGAACGAAAUUAUAG